AUGAUCGAGGAAAAAGAUGUGAAGGUACAAAUCAAUAAGUUUCACAAACUAGUUGAAGAUCUUGAGUCAGAAAAAAUCAUUUUACUGGAGCAGUUCGUGGCUGCACAAAAAAAACAAUUAUCUCUUGAUGAUUUGGUGAAACACAUCAUCACUGAGGAUACCAAUCGAAAACAAUCGAUUUCUGCAAAAGAAAAAGAAACCACUACAAAAGUCAAUCUUGUGGAAGACAAUAAGUCUCGCAAUAAAGAUAACAUGUAUGGAAAAGAACUUGAUUACAAACUAAGGGUCAACAAUCAAAAUUUCAAGAAAAAAGGCAAUUGUUUUGUGUGUGGCAAACCAGGCCACCAUGCAGCUCAAUGUAGAAACAAAGUUGGAAAAAAUGACAAUCCUGCUAAGCUAAGAGUAAAUCUGGCAGAAGUAGAUGAUAUCAUUGUGACGGUCAUUUCCCAAAUUGUGGUCAAUGUGAGUGACUGGAUGAUAGAUUCAGGUUCUACUAGACAUAUUUGUGCCAAUAAAAUAGAUUUUGUGUCUUACACCCUAGUCAAUGAAGGAGAAGAAGUUGUGUAUCUUGGUGAUUCCACAAUCACUCAAGUCCUUGGAAAUGAAAAAGUUCUUCUUAAGCUUACAUCUGAAAAAAUGUUGCCAUUAACUGAAGUGUUGAAUGUUCCUAGUAUCCGAACCAAUUUGGUUUCAGUGUGA